AUGGAAAAUAAUACAUUGUCAUUUACAUUUCAUAUUCUUUUGCCGGAGAACAUUGAAAGAAAUGGACAGCCCGUAGUUCUUGGCGAUGUAAAAGAAUUAGGAUCCUGGAAAAAUCCUAUCGUAAAACUUCGUCAACCAUUUCCUCAAAAUCCAACAUAUUGGAAAUCUGAUCCAGUUACUAUUUCGGUAUCAAAUUUUGAAAAAAUUCAAUACAAAUAUGCUAUUCAUACAUCUAAACCUACGUUAUUUGGAGAAGAAAAAAUUGAAUUUGAAGGAAUCGAUACUGAAGAUAAUCGCACAUUGAAUAUUGGGAUAAAUGAUCAAUUUGAUAUAUGGAAAAUACGUGGAUUUGCUUUUGUAGAUUAUAUUUAUGAUUCUAUCGAGGCUAAUAACUUUAAAGACAAAGUUGUGGAAUAUCAACGUUUAUUAACUCUUCAUAAUGAUCUAACGAUACGCACUUCAAAUCCCAAAUUUAUUAUCAAUCGAAUUAAUAAUAACCUUAAAGAAAAACGGUUAUUCUUAUACACUAAAGAUCAAAUGUAUACUGCUAUCAUAACUUUAAUCAAGCAUAAUGCUUUUCAGAUGAAAUUUGAUUGGCUCAUUAUUUUUACAAUCGCUUCUGAAGUUGAUCCCGAUUACACCUUCAUUAACCAUUUAAAAGGCUUAAAAUAUUCUAAUAAUCAUGACUUAACAAGAUUUAUUGUAGGAUGUGGACUCAUUAAACCUUAUAUUGAGAACAUUGAAUUUGGAUCAUACAUCGAAAUUGCAAAGUGGUUAAUUCAAUUAUGUAAUUAUAUGGAUUCUCUAUUUAAUCUUUGGAAUGAUAUCCUUCUUCAUAAUAACAAAAUUGAUGAUGUUAUUAAUAAGUGUUUUAUUGAACAAAUUCAAGAAUGUAUCGUUCAUGAUGAUGCCGUUACUUUAGAAUAUCAUUUUAAGAGAGUACCAGCAAAUUAUCGAUAUGAUUUAUCUAAAGUUUUCCGAUCUCAUGCUUUAUUUUUACUUGAAGAUUUGAACAGAAAUUGGACAAAGGAAAAUAUCAUUGCUAUUACAAACCUUUUUCAUAAUGAUGAACUAUAUUGGACUAGAGAAGAUGUUAUUUUAUCAUUAGAUCUGGUAUCUCAGUCUAACACUUUAGAAUUAUUAAACAUAUUUCCAGAAAUUUUAGAUGAGUGGUUCCGUAAUGAUUUUUUUGAUAAGGAGAAGAAGAUAUUAAAGAUUUGUGUAGUUUGGUUUAAAAAUCUUUUACUCAAACUUGAUACAAACGCAAGCAAUAAAAAGGAUAACAUUGUGGUUUUAAUAUUUUCACAGUUAGAACGUAUAUACCCCUUACUUGGUCAUCGAAAAAAUUUUUGGCAAAAUUUGACAACCAUUGCUGUAGAAAGGGUUAAAGUGUGCUCGGAAUCUCGAAUAUUUGCCGCAACAAAAUUUUUAAUUCCGAUAGAACAAGAAAUCAAGACAUUGUUUAUAGAUAUGGUUAAAGAAAUGCUAAAUAAGUCUGUUCAACAAAUUAACGAUCAACUAAUAAAUAAAAUAUAUAUAAUAUGCGAUUGUAAAACAAAGCUUUUGAUGGUUCAAAACUCGAUGAGCGAAGAAAUUUUGUGUCAUAUCAUGAAUAGAUUGCAAAGUCAGUUUACUGCAUCAAAUCCUUCGGAAUUUCAUUUAAAUAUUCUAGGAGCUAGUGAAUUUUGGAGAAUUAUAUUAAGUGCUACUGGUGAUGUUACAAAACUUCAUUGCAAUCCAGUUGUUAAACGUGUUAAAGCAUCUAUUAAUGAACUCGGUGUAUUACUCCGUGAAAAGACGGUUAACAUACAAUUAUUGCAACAGCUUUUGGAAUAUAAAAAUGAAAAAUUAUUUCAGCAUUUUAAUGCAGCUGUUUCCAAAAAGAAAAAUAUAGGUGAUGUGAUUGUUUCGCGAGACGAAAUCGCGGAACUUAGAAAGCUUUGUAACAACUUUCAAACUCAACUUGAAGUCCUUUUUAAGUUUUAUACCAACUUUUGUCCAGCUUCCCAAGUAGAUGAUGUGGAUGAUUACAUCCAAGAUGUAAAACAACUUAUGACAAAUUCAAAUAAAGUGAUGUUGAAAGAGGCAAUGACAUUAGAUUAUUGGGCAUUCCAUAAAAAAACUUUAGAAAGUGCAAUACGUUGCUACAAAUAUAAUCAGUCUCGGUCUUUUCGAAAUAUCUUUGAAGUUUGUAUCCGGGAAGAUACUACGGCCACAAACGUGGAAAAUAUAGCGCAAAGACUGAUACCAGCUGUUUUUGAAAGAUAUAAUACUAUUUGUAAACAAUUUAAGGAAUGGGAAAAACUUAAAAUUUCAGAUGCGACUUUGUUUUGUAGAAAUGUUACAAAUGUUAAUGCGGAACUUGAUUUAAUAAAAGGUUAUAAAAGUUACAUAAGUCACAAAUUCGUACAAACCCUUGAGCAUCUUUCAAGAAUUCCUCACUGGAUUGAACGAUUUGAAGAGUUAGAAACGGUUUUACAACUUUUUAAUAUAGCACGUAGUAACGAUGAUUGGCUAAAAUCAUCUAUUGAUAUUUUAAAAGAUGAUUCUAUGAAACUUAGUCAAAUAAAUUAUUUUUUCGCUUAUCUUGAUAGAUAUAUUUCCAACGUUAAUAAUGAAUGUUGGAAAUUAAUAAAAGAGUUAUCAAAUGCAGAUGAUUUUAUAAGCUUUUUAAAGAUAAUCGCCGAGCAUGAUAUUAGAAAUUUGUUUAAUAGUGUGGAUGUCCAUCCGGAUGAAGGAUUGAUUCAAGAGGAUACUUUUGUAUCGCUUAUUCAAGUAAAGCGAUUUUUAUUACCUUUUAUGAACAUUAAUAAAAAGGAAACUAUUGUAGGCUUUUUAGAUUCGUUAUCAGAUGUUAUAGACGAGAAUCCUACUUUAGGGGAAAAGAUUGCCUUAUGUAAUAGUAGAAAUAUGGCGCUGCAAAAUAUGUACAAUAAUAUUCAAAAUCGUGGAGAAGUUACUAAGGAAAAGAUUAAGUAUGCUGUACUUAACGGAACUUUUACGUUUACACGUGACCAAAAAGAAGACAAAUGCUUAGUUUCUUUACAAUAUCCCUCUAAAUCCAAUGUGAAAUAUAAUCUAAACGAAAUAUUAGAUUUACGUGGACGGGCUCUUUUAAUUGCAAAACCAAAAAAUUCGGUUAUGAUAAAUAACAAAGAGGCAGAAAUGUCCAAGGAUGUUAUAGAUAAAUUUGUUGUCCAAGUCGAUAUAGCACAAAAAAUAAUUAGUAUAGUGUCCAUGUUAAUACAAAUGGGGCAUUUUGGUUAUAGAAAAUUCGAAAAUAAAUUACAAGGAACGGAUAAUAUGAAAGCUUACUUGGAAUUUUUAAAGGAAGAACUUAAAGAAUGGCAAAGUAUAGUAGAUAGUGCACAACAAAGAUGUUAUUAUUUAACAUUCUUUUUCGCUCGCCACAUUUUAGCAUUCUAUGAUUAUUUCACGUCGGAAAAAUUAGAUAAGGAUAACGAAGAAGAAUGCAAAAUAUUGAUUAGAUUUGAAGAACUUAAAGAAUGGCAAAGUAUAGUAGAUAGUGCACAACAAAGAUGUUAUUAUUUAACAUUCUUUUUCGCUCGCCACAUUUUAGCAUUCUAUGAUUAUUUCACGUCGGAAAAAUUAGAUAAGGAUAACGAAGAAGAAUGCAAAAUAUUGAUUAGAUUUGUAAACAGUAAAGCCCAAUUACCGUCAACUCGUAAAGAUAUACAAAAAAGUUUACGUGGAUCUAAAAAUUAUCUUGAAAUUCUUACCGAAAUUGGAAAUGAAUUAGAAAGAAUUUUUAAAAACGUCUCAAAACAAUCACGUAAACUUAAAGCGACUGGACAACGCAUAAUUACAGAUCUAGUUAGAAAGGGCGAAAUAUUCGUCGCUUCUUGUACUGACAAAACACGAAUUCCAAAUAUUAUCAUGUCAUUAUAUGCUAAUCAAGGAUAUUACCCCGAACCGUGGCAACUCUUGAUAUGUACUACUUCAACUACGAUGGAGGAAAUAACAAACUUCAUAAAAAGAAGUUUAUUCGCAUCGAAUAAUGGAUAUGAAAAUCGCUUAUUUUGUAUUGCACAUUUGGAAUUAUUAGACUUUGAGUUACAAUUUAAUUUAAUUAACCAAAUUAAAUCAACACGAGAUCAAGAUGAUUAUUUUUUGGCACUUAUUUGUUGUAGAGAAAUUGAAAUGCAUCACCCUAUUUUGGAUCAAUUCUCUUCAGAUGCUUAUGUGACUAAUGGCUUAAACACUGAUACUAUGAGACAAAUUUAUAAGGAGUUAUGUCAAAAUGUUAUACGUGUCUCUUCUGAAUUACCUGGGCAAGGUAAAACUGAUUGGAUUAAAGAAGAUAGUUUAAGUAAAGAGAGAUUUGCAUGUAGUUUUUUAAUAAGCGAUGGUAUGGAUUUUAGCAGGCUUGUACGUCAAUUCAAGGAAUAUAAACUCCAACCUGUAGAAAGUUUACAUAUCAAUAUAAUUUCAUCUGACUAUCCUGAAGACGUUAACAUGUUUUUAUUUGAGUUAUUAACUUUGGGUAUAGUUUCAACUAAUGUCGAUAUAGUUUGCUUGCCUUUAUCAGAAACACCUACAUAUAUUUAUUUAGAAGUAGCCUCAAAUAAAGAACAGCAUUUACUUAAUUCUCUUCCCAUGGCAGGAUAUUUAUUGUUCAAUCAUUUAACUUGGAAUAUUAAAAAUUUGAGAGUUUCUCAAGAAAUUCAUAGUCCAAUUCAAGUUGCUUGUAAUUAUCUGAAUUUAUUGGAUAGUAAUGAAAUAGAUACGAAAGAAAACCUUUUCAAGAUAGUACAUAAGGCAAUUAAAGAACCAUUAUCAGUAGAACGUUGUCAAAAUAUCAUUGAGAAAUAUUUAUUUAAUAAAAUUACUAAAGACCUUCCUUCAUUUAGAUUUGUUGAAAUAUUUAUUAAUGUACUUGCAGAUCAAUUGGUUCGAUUUUCAUCAAGCCAAUUCUUUCCCGUAGAUAAACUUAAAUUAAUAGAAGAAUAUAACAUUAGAAUUCUUAUAUUAAGAAACUUAAUAGAUGUUUCAAGAGAUUUUGCAACCAAUUCUAUUAAAACAAAAGAGGCACAGCUGAAAUCUACAAGUGCUAUAGAUGCUGAUGUUGUAAAAGCUCAUCGUGGUACAAUUGUUCAAUGGGACGACUCAAAUCAUCUUAUAGUAUUUUUCAAUUCUCAGACUCCUGAUACAAUAUCUGUUUUGUAUCGAGACAGAAAUAAAGUUCAUGAAAAUAUAAAGACUUUGCUAAAAAGUCAAGUAAUUGGUGAUCAAACAAAAUGGGAAUUAGAUGAUUAUAGUUCGACGUCUCCAGAAGCUCUUUUCUUGAAGUUAGAAUAUUUGGCAAGAAGAUCAGUGGAAAAAUUAGAACUUCCUGAAUAUGCUUUGUCUGGUGAUAAUUUAAUAAAAAUGGCUUUAAUUCUUUUAAGAGUACGUGCAAACAUUCCAGUUAUAGUUUGUGGUGAAGCAGGGUGUGGCAAGACAAGCUUAAUUGCCUAUUUGGCCUUGAUUGCUGAAGUUCAAUUCAUGGCUCUUAAUAUGCAUGCUGGAGUUGAUGAAAGAAUUAUUAUGUUAUUUAUGAAUGAUGCUUUGAAAAAAGCAGAAAAGGGAGAAAUUUGGCUAUUCUUUGAUGAGAUCAAUACUUGUAAUCAUAUAGGUUUACUUGCAGAUUUAAUAUCUCGUCGAAUGCUUAAUGGCAAACCUAUACAUCCAAAUAUUCGUUUAUUCUCUGCCUGCAAUCCAUAUCGUAUUCGUACAAGAACUCAAAGCGAAACUCGUUUGACAAAUAAGGCUAAAAUGUACGAAGAACGGAGUCAUCUUGUUUAUCAAGUCAAACCACUUCCCGAUCAACUUUUGGAUUAUGUAUGGGACUAUGGUGUUUUAAGACCAAAAGACGAAUUAAAGUAUAUUGAAAUCAUGAUUGAAAAAGAAUUAAAAAAAUUAGGACAUCCCGUAUUUGCCGAACUUUUAUUUGCUUCUCAAAGAUUUAUUCGAAAGGUUGAAGAAUCAUAUAGUGUUAGCUUGCGUGAUGUUAAACGCGCUAUAACGUUAGUGAAAUUCUUUUAUAAAUCUCUCGAAAAUCGUCCAAUCUACAGAAAGGGACAUAGAUAUCCACCACCUGGAAAUCCAACUAUAACAACUAGAUCUUAUGUUUUAGCACUUAGUCUUUGUUACCAUUCUCGGUUAUAUGAACAAGAUUUACGUAAACAAUAUCGCUGUGAGAUGGAACAAAUAUUACGAAAUCACGAAAUUUAUGUAGAAGAAAAUAUGUUUUCUAAAAUUAUACGCGAAGAACAAGAGGAUUAUAUUAACAGGAUGCAGUAUCCACCUAAUACGGCAUAUAAUGAAGCUUUAUUAGAGAAUGUUUUUGCUAUGAUUGCAUGCAUUUUGACACGAAUCCCACUGUUUCUUAUAGGUAACACUGGCUCUUCAAAAUCUUUGGCAAUUCGUCUUAUAAGUUCGAAUUUACGCGGAUCUGAUUCAAAUGAUAGAUAUUUCAGAAUGUUGCCACAGAUUUACUUAAUCCCACAUCAAGGCAGUCAUUUUUCAACUUCUGAUGGUAUAAUAAAGGUUUUUGAUAAGGCAAAUAAAUAUCAAGAAACAACUUCCAAACAAUUUCCUGUCAUUGGUGUGGUCUUACUUGAUAAUGUUGAUUUGGCUGAAACAAGUCCUUUUAAUCCAUUAAAGGUACUUCAUUCUCUGCUUGAGCCAAGCUAUCCGGCCACAGGACCAGCUGUUUCAGUGAUAGGAAUAUCUAAUUGGCGCUUAGAUAACAGUAAAAGUAGCCGCGCAUUACUCGUUCAGAGGCCACAAUUUAGUUUAGAUGAUUUAGUUUGUACUGCUGAGCGCUUAUUAAAUACAAGGGUUAUUGAUUAUGGACAAAGAGGCGCUUUAGAACCUUUAGCUAAAUCAUAUAUGGAUUACGAAAAAAAUGGUCAAGCUUUGCCUAACUUUCAUGGUUUUCGUGACUAUUACGCAUUGGUCAAGCGGCUUUCAUUAGAUGAAAUGACUCCAGAGAAUAUUCAAAUGGCAUUGGCUCGCAAUUUUGGAGGAACGGAAAAUAACAAAUUAUGCGAAAAAUAUUUUGGAAAUGUACUUAAGACAUUUAAUAAUCAUAAACCAUGGUUUUAUAAACAAAUUCCUGUCGAAAAAUUGAUCGAUUCAAAUUUAGAUGAUCCUGAUGCACGUCAUUUAGUGGUUAUUGGUAAAAGUGACUUGAUCGUAAAUUUAUUAACUGAAAAGUUAAAACGAAGAGAUUUGGAUCCCGUUGUAAUUUUAGGAUCACAGUUUCCUGACGAUCGGGAUGAUUAUUCUUACAGUGUUUUAAGUAGAAUCAUGAUGUGUGUAGAAGCAGGUAGACCAUUGAUUCUAACAGACUUAGAAAUACUUUAUGGAAACCUUUAUGAUUUAUGGAAUCAAAAUUAUAUUGUAGUAGGAGACAAGGAGAAUCCUAAGUACUUUACACGAGUUGCUCUUGGGGCAUAUGCUAAUCCUAUGCUUUACGUUUCACCAAAUUUUAGAUGCAUUGUUGUUAUGGAUGAGAGUAAUUUAGCUUCGGCUAACCCCUCACUUCUUAAUCGAUUUGAAAAACAAAAAUUGCCAAUAAAUGGUAUACUCAAUGAUAGGCAAAAUUUACUUGUAAAGUAUUUAGACAGUUGGACAAAGCAAAUGUUAACUUUGAUUGGGGCUAAUUCAGUGACUCAAUUAUAUAAUGGGUUCACUCAAAAGGAUUUGUUCAUCGGAUUUGAUGUAGAUGAAACUUUACAAAGUUUAGUUUUUGACAUUACAAGGAAUAAUCCCGAAGCUAACGAUAAUGAGAUUUUAGAAAAAUGCAAAGAAUCGUUAAUUGCAAUAGCAUCUCCUGAUGGAAUUAUAAGAGCAAAAUCAUCAAUUUUAGAACAAGAUGAGGUUGAUCGAUGGAAGUAUGUUUAUUUCAACCAACAACAUCACAAUAGCCUUGCUAAUUAUUUUGACGUAUUAUUUUAUCAAGAAAAAUUGUGUGCAGAUCCCAAAGAACAAUUAGUGAUUAUAAACACAUUUUCUAAGAUAACUAUAGAUAUCAAGUAUUGUUUACAAGAUUAUUUAAGAUGCCAAGUUUAUAAUUUAUCGACCAUUAAGACCGAAUUUCAAUUAACAAGUAUAGUGAAAAAUUUCUUUUUUGAAUCAAACGAUAAGGUUUUAAUUCUUCAAUACGAUAAUAAUACUAUUAAUACAAAAUGUAUCAAAUUAGUAAAGUACAUUGUUGAACAGUUUCGUAAUGAAUUUUUGGCUAAGAAAGAGAAGUGUGAAUCAAAUAUGCAUAUUAAAUACACAUGUAUAAUAUUUCAUAUUCAGCGAGAUUAUGAAUCAAGUUCAAUAACAUCUAACUUUAUUUGCGGAUGGAGGCGAAUUACUAUUGAAUCCUUAGCACCAUCGGAAAUACCAUUAAUAGAUCUACUGGACAAAUCUUUAUAUGAUAUAAUUAAUUCGGAACUUUGUGAUAAGAUAAUGAAUUCAACGAUGCCGGUUGAAAAAAUUUUACAAGAGCUAUUAUUGGAAGAUCAUUAUCAUUCUAAUGAAAGUCAUGUGGAAUAUGUUAGAACAUUAAGAAAAGAAAUUUUAAAUGAUUCGUAUAUCAUACAAUGUAUAAAAACAAAAACAUUUGAGUGGAUUUUAGAGAAUCACAAAAAUUGGCAAUGUGAAGCAGCUCUAAAUAAAAAGGAUUUAUCAAUGUUUAUUUGCUUUUCAUUAACACUACAAAAUUAUAUUGAAAAAAUUAUCAAACAAACGGCUUAUAAAGUUUUAUAUUCAAUUGAAAAAUUGCCGGAAAUUACAAGGAUUUUCAAAAAUGAAAGCAAUGAAUUUAAAAUGGAAAAGGGAGUUCAUCUAUGGAAACAAUCCUUUAUAGAUAAAAUAGUUAAUGUUGAUGAUUUAUUUGAGCUAAGAUUAUCUAUAGUUCUGUCCGAAAUAAUUAGUGACCUUGAAUAUCCUUUUUCAUAUCAUUUUCAAAUUAAUUAUUAUAAAAGAUAUUAUUUUGAAGAAUUGGAUAUAUUAACACAAGACUCUGAAAAUAUUAAUGAAUUAAUUGAGGAUCAUAUUGAAGAUUUUAGAAAUAGCUUAAUUUUUAUUCAUCCAAAUUUUGAUAAAUUACAAAAAUGUUCAGAAUUAUACUACAAUGAUUUUAUUAGAAUUAUAAAAUUGGCUAGUAAAGAAAAAUUGGAUUUUAUUUUUAGGUACUUAAUUGGAGAUAAAUUUGCCGAUGAUCCAUUUAUUCUUCAUAUUUAUUGGUGGAAAUAUGCAACAGAAAUUUUAACUCAAUUGAAAUUAGUUGAAACAUUUCCAGAUCUUAUUACAAAAGCUCAGAAUGAUUUCAUUGUAUAUGGUAAACUUGAUCGAUUUCUUUUCAAUGAAUCAAUUAACUUGAUUUUACAAAAUUUAUGUGAUGAUAAACCAUGGAAGCAAGAUAUGGAUGUUAUUUUAUCAAUAAAUAAUUGUAGAAUUAAUGAUUCAAAGAAUUUUUCGAAUUUGCAUUUAUUAUUAUUAUGUAAUGAUUUAUUAAAUAUUAAUUCAGUUCCAUUAGAAAAAAUCAAAGAAAUUAUUUAUUUAGGAAAAUCCGCCAAAAAGCAAGAAUUUAUUACAAAUGAAAUUAUCAAUUUAGUAUUUAGUAAUUUAGAUAAUAAAAAUGAUAAAAUUCCUAUUACAUCAUUUAUUACAAGAAGUCUUAAACUUAUUUCUUUGGAAUCAGAAAUUCGUUUAACUCUUUAUAAAAAUAUAUUUUCACAAUAUUCUUUCAAACUGAUGAAUAAUGGUAUAAUUGAAAAAAUAUUUAAUAAUGAAAUUCAACAGAAUGAACAAAUAUUCUUUACAUUAAUUAAGAAUCCUGAAGAAGCUUUACAACUUUCAAUUAGAUUGAAAACUAUCAAUGAUAAUAUUAAUGAUAUUAACUCAAAUAUGGCUGAGUUUUGCUGUGAAAUAAUUCAAUCUAUUUUCAAUAGAUUUGAAAUGAAUGAAAUGUUACCUUAUUUCAAGAAUUCAAUUAAAUCACUUAUGAAACAAGAAUAUUUGCCUUUACAACAAAUAACUUCAAUUGCAUUUUUAAAAGAAUUUAUAAAUAAAUACUGGAAAAAUUACUUUCAAGAAAAUAAUUCUAUAUCUAAAUCAUUAGUUAAUGAAAUUAAUGAUAUUAUGAAAAUUAGUGGACAUCUAUUUAUCCAGUCAAUAAAGUCUUAUUUUAUGCUAGAUUUGUAUAAACAAAGUUCUUUUGAUAUAGAACAACUUGAAAUAUUAAAGAAAGAAUUUUCAUGUUUUGAAAGUAUUAUUGCUGAUAUAGAAAUAAAUACCUUUCUUCCUAAACUUUGGAAACCAGUUAGAAAAGUAAAUUUUGAAGAUUUUUAUACUUUUUAUAUUAGUAAUAACUUAAAUGAAUAUCCAUUUCUUUCAGUAUUCUUUAAACAUUAUGAAAGCUUGAAAUUCAUUAAAUAUCUCUAUCCAAUUAUUAAGUUUGUGAAAAUUUUGAAUUCUAAACUUGAAUAUCAUUUAACUAGAAAAGCAGCUCAAAUUAUGACAUUUCAUGAAUUUAUUAAGAAAGAAUCAGUUGAUAAUAGUGAAUAUAUUAAUUUAAAAUCUUUAUUUGAAGAAUUUGCUUUUAGCUGGAAUUCUGUUAUUAGUCAUAUUAAUCAAUAUCAAUCUAAGGAAUUUUUUGACAAGCCAUAUAUGACUCUUGAUCUUCCUGUGAUUUUUGGAUUGGUUGAGCAAAAAGAUAGUGGAAUUUAUUUAUGUGCAAUUGUAGAAUUUUUAAUUAAAUUACAUAAUGAAUUUUUAAAUAAUGUUAUGACUAUUCCAAUUGAAAAAUGUAAAAGUCUUAACUUUAUAAAAGAUUUUUCUUGGAAUUAUUUGAAUUCUAAAACAUAUUUUAAUGUAUUAACAGUAGUACAAGCACUAGAUAAUAACUUUAUCAAUUAUGAAUGGAAUGAUAAAAUUUUAAGGUAUAAUCAAAGAAAUCUGGAUAUGAAAAAAGAUGUAGAUUUUAUAUUUGAUUUACAAAAAAUUGAAAUGAAAUUAUCAAAAAAAUUGGUUUUUAACAAAGUCUAUUUUGAAAUGGAAAAUAAUCAGUUUUACUUAAAAAAAUUUUCAUUCAAACAUGAAUUAUUUCAUAAUUCUCCAAGAAUUCUUUUUGAUGUCAAAAAAAUCUUAUCUCAAGAAUCUAUUUUGGCAGAUAAAAUGUUAAUCAUAUCAGCAAUGUUUCAACAAUCAAUAAUUUUAAAUAGUUCAUCAAAUUCAAUUAAUUUAUCUGAAUUACUGUUACUUUGUGAAAUCAUUCUUUGUUUCAUUAAAGAAUUAUUGAUUAGAAAUAAUAAUAUACUCAUUUUAGAUUUAGUUAAUCAAUGGUUAAAGUUAGCAAGAUAUAAUAUAACAUAUACAGAUAUAUUUAAAGAAUUUUCCUUAAAACAUAUUAUUGCAUUUUAUGAAUUAAUUGAAGAACAAGCUGCUAAUUCUGUAAUUCAUGAUAUUGAUGAAAAAUUUAAAAUUUCUCUAACACAGCAGAUAAUGGAUUCAAUUAAUAAUAUUAUAGAUUAUGAUGAUUCAGAAAAUCAAAGUCAACGACUUAUUCCUGCUAAAGCAUUUGUUCUUGCUUUAAAAAGAUUCAUUUAUAGAUUUUUAUUGAUUGAUUCAGGUAUUGAAAAUAUGGGCUUAUAUAUAUAUUUCUUAGAUUUUACAUUAAAUUUGUGGACUAGUGAUAUGAAGAGAGAAUUAGUUAAAAAAUUAUUUCCUACCUGUUUGUUAGUGUCUCAUGCUUAUAGUAGUUAUGUAUAUUUGCUUAAUGAGAUUGAGAAAGCAACAAUUGAAAGGCAAAAUAAAAGCUUUGCAUCUACAUCAUCAUCAUCAACUAGGAAAAUAUUAAUUAAAAAAUAUAAAAAAUUUACAGAUUAA